AAAUGCCCGACAGCUAGACGUAAAGGAAACAUUAAAAAUGGGGAAGCUAAACGUAACAAUGUUGAGGUACUUAUCUAAGGAGGACUUCAGAGUUCUGACUGCGGUGGAAAUGGGAAUGAAAAACCAUGAGAUUGUGCCUCUGCCCCUGAUUGCCUCCAUUGCCAGUCUACAACAUGGGGGCUGCCAUAAGGUGUUACGUGAGUUGUGUAAGCAUCGACUCAUAGCUUAUGAAAGGGGAGGCAAACGAGUGGAUGGUUACAGACUCACUAAUGCUGGCUAUGAUUACCUGGCCCUCAAGUCCCUGACCAGCCGAGGGGUCAUCGCCUCCGUGGGAAAUCAGAUUGGGGUGGGAAAGGAAUCAGAUAUCUACAUCGUUGCAGAUGAAGAGGACAAACAGUAUGCCCUAAAACUUCACAGACUGGGGCGAACAUCUUUUCGUCAGCUGAAGAACAAGCGAGAUUAUCACAAGCACCGACAUAACUCAUGGUUGUACCUGUCCAGACUCGCCGCCAUGAAGGAGUUUGCUUAUAUGAAGGCUCUUCAUGACCAUGGUUUCCCUGUACCCAAACCCAUGGACUUCAAUCGACAUGCAGUCAUCAUGGAAUUGGUCAACGGAUUCCCCAUGUGUCAUGUAAAGCAAAUGAAGAACCCUGAGACCGUGUACAGUGACCUGAUGAACCUGAUAGUCAGGCUGGCAAGUUCAGGCCUUAUCCACAGUGACUUCAACGAAUUCAACCUCAUGAUUGAUGAUCAGGAGAAGAUAACUCUGAUCGACUUUCCUCAGAUGGUGUCCACCUCCCAUCCAAAUGCAGAAUGGUAUUUCAACAGAGAUGUCCAAUGUGUGAGAGAUUUCUUCUCCAAGAGAUUUGGUUUUGAUGGGAAGCAUUUUCCUACUUUUGCUGAAGUUGAGCGAGAUGAUAACUUGGAUGUAGAGGUGUCAGCCAGUGGCUUUACCAAGGAUAUGCAAGAGACUUUUGAUGAGGCAGUUGAUGAGCUGGGAAUGAGGGAUGGCCCAAACAACUCAUCUGAUGAGGACGAUUGUGAUGAAGAGGAAAGUGGGGAAAACCCUGGUGACAGGGGAGAUAACUGCAGAGCAGAAGGUAACCCUGGGAUGGAAAAGGUGGCUGGCAUAGGCCAGAGCUGCUCAGGGAAUGUAGAGAGAUGGCUUCAGAGUUUAGAUGCAGUUGACACCGACAUUAGUGAGGAAUUCUCAGAAAAGCUGUCCACAGGAGAUGCAACAACAACAAGUUCUGAACUGAAUCACCCUACAAGUUCUCCUGGAGUUGCACAAACAGAGUCAGCCAUUGAUUCACAGCCACAAAAGGAGCUUGAUAAAACUGCAGAAAAUGUCAUGAACGAUUGUGAAGAAGAUCCUUGUGAUGUGUUGGAGGAUCUUAGCGCAGUAAAUCGAUCUUAUCGCCCAUUUAGAACUGAAGAGAGCAUGGGCCACACCAUGUCUCACACAUUACACAACGAUGUCAGCAGUGUGGCUAGCUCGACCAUACCUCCAGACAUCAUUCGUUCAAAAGUUCGUAACCAGAAAAAGAAGGAGAGGCAGAAACAGUUUGCGCAUCGCAUUCGCAAAAGUGGUGAAGCAUCAAUGAGCACAAGAGCCAGACGUGAGAAUUUGAGAGAAAUUAAACAGAGUUCUGAUGGCAUCUGGUCAUGAUCUGCUAGGGGCUUCAUUUUGGGGCCAACAAUUAUUGCCAGGAUUUUCAUCAUUAACCUUUGCUUAGGGGCUGUGUGUUUUUGAGGGUAUAACCACGGCAAACAGGAGUUCGAUGUUUUUGGGUAAAAAUUCUGGAGCAAAAACCUCAAUUCGUGGAAAGUUGUGAAGAAUUUGACAUCUGUUAAACACGCAGUCUUCUUUAAUAUUUUUGUUAAAUUUUGUAUGUAAAUUUAGAAAUACAUACACAUUUUGUUGUUGCAAGACAGAAUUAGAAGAUUUCCCAUUUAUGUAUUGUUUGUCAUACUGCUCAUAAACAUUCAAAAUACAUCUAUGUUAGUAUCUCAAACCUUCAAUUUCAAAUCAUUCACCAGUGAAGACUGAGAAUGGGUAGUGCCCUUCAGUGAUGUGUGUAAUCCACGUUUUUGAAAUGGUUAAACUUGUUGAAAGGUGAACCAUGACAUUAAGCUGUGUUACAGAAAUGGUGUAAGCCUUUGAAACCAGUGAAUAAAAAUCUGAAUUGAGUGACAUGCAUGUACAUGUUCAAAUAUACUACCAUGUGAAAUAUAGUGUUGCCUUGUUUUGUAUAUGUGCUUCUGCGCAAUUAUCACUUUAAAUAGAAACACAGGCUCUUCAUGCCACUAGUUUUUGUGUAUGGGCUGAGGGUGGGAGGCUCUU